AUGGCCGUAUCCACCGUACCGGGAGCCAAGGAAAUUGUCCGCACUUUAGGCUCCUCCUCACUGACGCUUGCGCAAAAAAGGUUCAAAGCCGCCUUGGACGAACCGUAUGCAGACCAGCCGUCCACCGGCUUGAUCGAGGCGCCCGAGGAAACGAACAGGAAAUUUCCGCCCGUUUCGCGAACAUACGGUAAAGUUUGUGCCACAAGAUCGAUAACCGAGAAUAAGUUCACUUCGUAUAACCGUCUCACGUGA